AAACGACGUGAAUUUUGAAGAUCAAAACUGAAAAUGGCUUGAAGCUCGUCGUCUUCCUUGGUUAAUUUCGUCCCUCCUUCCUUCCCUCCCUGUCCCGUGAUCGUGAAACCACCACCCAGCAAUCAUUCCUUCUCUUACAAUGAAGAUUCUCUCUAUUUUCUUAAUAUCAUUGCUUUUCUUCGCAUUUCCUACGGCUGAAUCUACUGGAUCCCUUUUCUUCGUCGAUAGUUCAAAUCAUCAAUUUUUUCGCUCCCAGUCCUCCACCGAUGUUUUUCAGUCAGAAUCAAUGCUGUUAGCUGAAGUUGGUGCUACUGUAUUAGUCUUACUUGGUUUUGCACCACCCGCUACCCUUUCAGCUGCUGGUUCAUCUAAGCUAAAUGAGGUUCUCAGUCCUAAUCCAUUUGAUAGGCCUCGAGCUGUUUUUAUGCUUGAAGUCAGUGGAAUUGAUGAUCCACUUGUUGUUGACCCCAAGAGUGCUCUAUUCAGUAAAGCCUUGAAGAGUAGUGUAGAUCUAGGUUCAAGUAAAGCAGACAUUCAGCUCCCAGAUGGAGACGAAGUAUCUGUGGUUUCUUUGGAUGAGCCUCGCAGGGAUUACACUGAAGAAGAGAUCAAUGACUUUGCAUCCUGGAUGGGUGGGUCAUAUGAAGCUGAUGCUACGAAACCUCUGCUUGGAGUUUUGACUAUUCCGUUGGCAGAUGUUGACAAUGUGAACCUUCGUAUGUCAGAGAAAGCACACAGGGAAUUUGUAUCAAGACUGCUUGCUUUGUUCCACAAUAUAAGGAAAGCAAUGGAAAUGCAUGGACAGUUGUUGAAGACUUCACAUAGACCUGCUGAAUUAAUAAUGGGUUCUUUUGAUGGUAUUAAGAUAUCUUCUUUGCUUGCCACACUUGCAAAGAUUUAUGAUUCACUGCAGAAAGCUUAUGGAGGUCAAAUUGUUGGAGUAAUCGUCUUUAAUGGGGUACCUCAGCCAGAAUCAAAAGCAUUGAUGAAUGUGAUGUAUACCUCUGGCCCAUCUCGGCGUUGGUUAGAAGAUACUAAAAAGUCCCUUAAUACCACUGUUGCUGCACAAGUGUUGGUUAGGAGGACCCUUGCUUGGGUAAUUGGACUUGUUCUUAUUAUUGCAACUUUCUUGGGGGUUCACUUCCUUGUGAAUAUGCCACUGAUAAGGGAUACGCUUUUGUAUUCAAAUGUGAAGCUAGAAUAAGCUGGAAUAUUAAAGAUUUGGGUUUUUAUAAGUGGGGAAUAAUGGAAGGGUAAUUUAGUCCUUGUGCAUUGGAUGUUUUUUUAUAACUAUCAGUAUCGGAUCUAUUGAUCGAUAAAUUCGGAUCGGGUACUGUAGAGACAAGGACAAUUCUCCCAAGUCCUUGUGUAUUGGAUGAUGUUGUUGGAUUAGGUGUACAUUUUCAAUCAUUAUAAUUAAUUUCGUCUUCUA